AUGAGCGUGAAGGAGCAAGUGAUAGUGCCACUAUCUAUAGGAAGCUAUGAAGAUGAGAUUUUGUGUGAUGUCUUGCCUAUGGAUGCUGGACACAUCAUUCUGGGAAGGCCAUGGCAAUCUGAUAGGCGUGUCUUGCAUGAUGGCUUCACAAACAAGUACACCUUCCUUCACAAGGGGCGCAAGACCACUCUCAUUCCCUUAACCCCUCAAGAGGUGUAUGAAGAUCAAGUUCAGUUGAGUGGCCAAAAGACUAAACCUCAAGCCAAGAAGGAACCAACCAAAUCCAACAAGUCCUUGAACUAUCUGGCCAAAUCCAAACAGGUUAAAAGUUCCAUGUUCUCUAAUAAGCCUUUUCUCUUAUUCAUCUUUAAAGGAACAUUUAACCUCUUGAUUGAUAAUGCACCGGAGAUUCCGAGUGAGAUGUCCAAACUAUUACAGGAUUUCCAGGAUGUGUUUCCAGAGGAUUGUCCCAAGGGAUUGCCACCAGUCAGAGGCAUUGAGCAUCAAAUAGACUUUGUCCCUGGAUCCACUCUUCCAAACCGUCCAGCAUACAGAACCAAUCCAGUGGAAACCAAAGAACUCCAGCGCCAAAUAGAUGAGCUUAUGGAUAAGGGUCACAUCAGGGAAAGCAUGAGUCCUUGUGCUGUUCCUGUUCUUCUUGUGCCCAAGAAAGAUGGGAGUUGGCGCAUGUGUGUGGACUGCAGAGCCAUCAACAAUAUCACUGUAAAGUAUCGACAUCCUAUCCCUAGACUUGAUGAUAUGCUUGAUGAGUUGCAUGGUUCUAGCAUUUUCUCUAAAAUUGAUUUAAAAAGUGGUUAUCAUCAGAUUAGAAUGAAAGAAGGUGAUGAAUGGAAAACUGCAUUUAAAACUAAACAUGGUCUUUAUGAAUGGCUUGUCAUGCCAUUUGGUCUCACUAAUGCACCUAGUACAUUCAUGCGCUUAAUGAACCAUAUCCUGAGAAACUUCAUUGGUCAUUUUGUUGUGGUUUACUUUGAUGACAUUUUGAUUUACAGCAAGAACCUUGAAGAGCAUCUAGAUCACCUUGCAUCUAUGGAGUCAAGGUGGAUGAAGAGAAAGUUGCAGCAAUCAGAGAAUGGCCGAAGUCCUAAGACAGUGAGUGAAGUCAGAAGCUUCCACGGCCUAGCUGGGUUCUAUAGGCGGUUUGUCCGUGAUUUUAGUACCUUGGCCGCACCUUUAACUGAAGUCAUCAAGAAAGAAGUUGGAUUCAAGUGGGAGAAAGCACAGGAGGAUGCUUUCCAGGCUCUCAAGGAUCGCUUGACUAAUGCCCCUGUUCUUAUUUUACCUGACUUCUUAAAAACUUUUGAGAUUGAAUGUGAUGCUUCAGGUAUAGGCAUUGGAGCUGUCUUGAUGCAGGACAAGAAGCCAAUUGCUUUCUUUAGUGAAAAGCUUGGAGGAGCCACUCUCAACUAUCCAACUAUGACAAAGAACUCUAUGCCUUGGUCCGCGCUCUACAAACUUGGCAACACUAUCUCUGGCCAAAGGAGUUUGUCAUCCACACAGACCAUGAAUCUCUCAAACAUCUCAAGGGCCAACAGAAGCUCAAAAAGAGGCAUGCCAGGUGGGUUGAGUUCAUUGAGACAUUCCCAUAUGUCAUCAAGUACAAAAAAGAUAAAAGACUUGUAUGCUUCUGAUUCUGAUUUUGCUGAGAUCUAUAAGUCUUGUUCUAAGGAAGCACAUGGAGGAGGCUUGAUGGGACACUUUGGUGUGGCCAAAACACUUCAAGUUAUGCGUGAUCACUUUCAUUGGCCGCACAUGAUCAGAGAUGUGGAGAGGAUUUGUUCUAGAUGUGCAACUUGUAAACAAUCCAAAUCUAAGGUUCAACCUCACGGUUUGUACACUCCUCUCCCUAUUCCAUCUCAUCCUUGGACUGAUAUAUCUAUGGAUUUUGUGCUUGGAUUGCCUAGGACUAGAACUGGAAAAGAUUCUAUCUUUGUGAUAGUUGAUAGAUUGCAUGGCAUGCCGCGCACCAUUGUUUCUGAUCGUGACACUAAGUGUAAUAUCCCUCAUAAUGACGUAAGCGCGGCCGGAGCGCCCAACACGCGAAACCAACCUUUUCGCGCCCAAGGAGGUUAUUUUGUUCGCGGCCGGCCAUAG